UUUAUCGCACGAUUUUCUUCAAAUAUAUCGGUAAAUCAAUACAGAUGCAGAUUUUAUUGACACAACAUGUCUAAGAAACUUUCAUUUGCUACGGAGUAUAAAGAUAGCCUGGAUAGUGUUGCCAAAAAGCGCUACGAGCAGAAGAUAACCAUAGUGGGUGGGGUAGACCCUUACGCAACUGAUUUGGUUUGGUCAAAAGAUGUGGCGUGCCUACCCUCAGUUACGCAUAUAGACAUCGUUCACUAUUUACUCUUUACCCCUAGUCCAUACACGAAAGAAGAUUUGAAAGCUUGGAAAUCACUUGAUGCUGUAAACCAACUCUGCAGUGGAUGGGUGCAAGAGAGAUCAAGUUACAAGACAAACAACCAUGUCAUAGUCACUGCAAAGGUAUUACAUUCACAACGACUUAGAGAGAAGCCACUUAGACCCUGGGUCAUAGUGAAACCAGAUGGUGUUGUGGAGGGGGCCCACUGUAAUUGUAUGGCUGGUCUUGGAGAAGCAUGCACCCACAUAGCAGCUCUUCUGUUUUCAAUAUCUGCAGCUGUGCAAAUAAGAGAUUCGCAAACGUGUACCCAGUCCGCAGCAUAUUGGAAGAUUAUACCAGCAUCAGUGAAGACCAUAAGGUAUAAAACUGUAAGCAACAUAAACUUUACCUCAGCAAAAACUGCCAAAAAACAUUUUGAUGAUAAUUUGCAGUGCAUGAAUAAUGGAGAAAUCCCAGUUACAAACACCCCUUCAGUAAGAAAAGUUAAAACACCUAGAGCAUCAGAGGCAGAUUUCAUGUCAUUCUGUCAAAAACUGUCAGUGUUAAAAUCUAAACCAGCCGUACUAUCAGUCAUAGAGCCGUAUGCUGCAGAUUAUGUUCCAACAUGUGAGAAACGAGACUUUCCUUUAAUACUUAGUGAACUGAAAGAUCCGGAUAUGAUUGGUGAGCCAUUGUGCACAGUACAAUCUAAAUGUAAAAACAUAAGGGUUUCAUGCAGCAAAGAACAAUCCGAAAAUGUUGAGGUUGAAACUCGGCUGCAGUCAAAAUCAAAGCUAUGGAACCAGUUCCGAGCUGGUAGAAUCACAGCAUCAAACAUGCGAAGUGUGGUUUUUACAGACCCUGACAAGCCAUCGAAAUCUCUUGUAAAGAAAAUAUGCUAUCCAGAGACCCAGUGUUUCCAGACUGAAGCCAUGAAGUGGGGAACAGUGAAUGAAAGAGUGGCUCUAAAGCAGUUUGUGGAGUAUACCAGCCCAAAGCAUGAAAAUCUGCUAACUCCGAGGAAAGAUAUUGUUAUUGCGACCAGGUUGAAUCUGGUAAAAUGA